AUGAAACGCUACAGAACGGCAUUCACCAGGGAGCAAUUGAGCAAACUCGAGCAGGAGUAUCAAAGAGAAACUUAUGUGUCGAGGCCACGUAGGUCCGAAUUGGCCACCUCUCUCAAUCUGCCUGACUCCACCAUCAAAAUCUGGUUUCAAAACCGAAGAAUGAAAGACAAGCGACAGAGG